AUGUCGUCCUUGACUGAGCUGUUUGAAUUCCUGGAUUCACCAAAUCCCGCAGCUAGACAUCUGGCAUUACAAAACCUAGUUGGACAUACACCUAAAGCGUCUCCUGAAAGACACAUCUUCAUUCCUUCCUCAUUCGCAGGACAGGCAAGUGGAGGAGGCCUAUUACCUAAUAAAAGGAAAGAAGGUCAAGAAGUCGAUGAUAUCAAACUGAAAGCGUUGCGUGAUUUGACAGAUUUAUGUAAAGAUCAAGCGCCUAUAGCUCAUGAUGCAAUCUCAGCAUUAGUGAACCUAUCCGACACGCUGGCUGUUGCCAAACAUCUUGUGGACAACGAAUUCUUGAUUUGGCUAGUAUCAUAUACAGCUAAUACUACAUCACCUUUAUCACCUUUGACAUCAAUGUUACUAUCGAAUAUAACAUCACAUCCAUCACUCGUAUCAUCUUUAACGAAUCUUACCAUCCCAUUAGUAUCAUUACCUAAAUCGAAACAUUAUCCAGCAUAUUAUUUACCUGCAUCAGCAUCUUCUUCAUCAACUGUUCAUCCCGAUUAUAGAGAUCCAUCUUUCCUACCGGCGAACGAAGAAGUUGGUCAAACAGACGAAGUGUACAUUGAUGGUGUCAGAGCGUUAGUUCAAGCUUUCGAAGAUGGCGCGAGUGAAGGUGUAAAAGAAGGCAAAGGUAAAAGAAAAGGAGAAUGUCAUUUCCUCGCAUCUGUUUUCGCAAAUAUUUCAAUGGCUCCUUCGACUAGACCACUUUUAUUGACUCCUCGACCACCUUUCCCACAACCUUCAGAGGCUGAUCCUUCAGAUGAUGAUGAACCGCUUCUAUCCAAAAUUGUCGUAUAUACGGAGCAUCCAGAUACUAUAAGAAGAGGUGGUUCUUUAGGUUGCAUCAAGAAUUGCGCAAUGGAUAGAGGUAGUAUGGGUUGGUUGUUAGCGUCAGAGAAUGAUCGAGUCAGACUUCCUUCAGAUCCAACGAGGAGAGUGAAAGGUGUAGAUGUUCUUCCUUACGUGUUGGCACCUCUGAUGGGUCCAGAAGAAUACGAUAUUGAUGAAAUGGAAACCCUGCCUCCAACUUUACAGUUUUUACCUCCAGAGAAGCAAAGAGAGAAAGAUACCGUAUUGAGAAUGAUGUGUUUAGAAAUUUUGCUAUUGCUUGCUACGACUUUCACAGGGAGAGAAGCACUUCGAUCCAGAGGUGUUUAUUGGGUCAUCAGAGAGUUGCAUAAAGUAGAGAAAGAUGAACAGAUCCUUGGGUCCAUUGAAAGACUAGUGAAUCUUCUUCAACGAGAUGAGGGAAAUGAUACUAAGGAUGAUCAUGUGAAAGAACUUGUCAAGGUGGAUGAUGAAGAUGAUGAACUGAACGUCAUUGAAGUGUAA